GAGAGGAAAUACUAGAGCGAAGAACGGCCCUUUAAAAUCAACUGAUCUAAUGAAGGAAUUGGAAGAAUUGGGUGAUUAUGAGGAAAAUAAGGAUGUUAAAGUAAAUGAAAAAGUUUCUGGAUCUGUAAUUGCUGAAGGUAUGGGUGAUUUAAAAUCCCUCAAUAACAAAAUGAAAAAUUUUGAUAAUUAUGUAGUUUUGGAACCUCACCAGCCAAGGACUACCGUUACAGAAAAAUUGCCAGAGUUACUACCUAAAAAUUUUUCUGAAUUUCCACCACCACCAGCUAACCAACUUUGGAGUUUUAAAAUUAAACCUAGUUCUCUUAAGCAACCGACAGCCUUGGAAUUUUCACAGGGGAAUGGAAGUAAGAAGGUGGACUUGGAUUUGAAUGGCAGAUUUGCAUCUGGAGAAGAAAUCGACUCCAUUGUUGACCGUCUCUUUACCAACAAAGAAUUACUUCGUUCCUUUGUUGUAUCAAUUAAAGACUUAAAAAAUAAAAACAACGGAACCAUUAAACCUUCAGAAAAUACUUCAACAAUUAUUUCCUCGACAGAAUCCCCAGAACAAUGCUCUACUCCUCCCAAAUUCAUCCCCUGUGUUUCUCUUGAAAAGGCAAAUGUUCAAUUACAUUCUUGUUGUGUUAAAAGAUUAAUGCCUGUUGGAUGUCUUCCUUUAUGUAGAUAUGACACUAGUAGAGAGGAAAUUAAAAUGGCUUUUGAAAAGGGGCAAUGUGGGAUUUUAAAUAUUAGUCCUGUAUGUUUUUGA